AUGCGUAUUUUGUGGCAAAGAGAUUGGCCACGUCCUCUCCUCAUAUUUAUAUUAUUUCGGUUAUCUUUCUGCCAACUUCGACAUAUCUCACCUUUUGAACUAACUGUUAAUUCUGGAGCAAUCCGAGGAGAACGAGUGAUAAUCAAAGGAGAAGAUUAUACUGUGUUCAAAGGUAUCCCUUAUGCAAUGCCCCCUGUAGGAUAUCUACGUUUUCAGAUGCCAAAAGAGCCGGCUAAGUGGCGAGGUGUGAUGAACGCGACUCAAUUUAGUGCACUAUGUGUACAGCGGAUGGAUUCGCUCGCUACCGAUCCAGAAAGGCAUACGGCUCAUUUUUCUGAAGACUGCCUGUAUCUAAAUGUAUUCUCACCUACUCCUUAUCAGUAUACGAAUGAUACUUAUCCCGUCAUUGUAUUCAUACAUGGAGGAGACUUUCAAUCCGGCGGAGGAAGCGAUUAUCCUCAACAGGCGAUUCUUGAUAACUUUGUGUCUCGCAAGAUUAUCUUCGUUACCUUCAACUACAGGCUAGGUCCAUUAGGUUUUCUCUCCACUGGUGAUAAGAUACUUCCUGGUAACAUAGGACUGUGGGAUCAGAUCUGGGCUCUGAAAUGGGUCAAAGCAAAUGCUGAAGUUUUUGGAGGCGAUCCCGGAAACAUUCUGCUGAUGGGGUCAGGCAGUGGCGCGGCAUGCGCUUCGAUUCUUGCAUUGUCGCCAAGGACCGAGGGUUUAUUUCACAAGAUUCUUCUUAUGUCCGGGUCUGCGCUUCAGCCAGGAGUCGUACGUGACACGGCCAUAAACGCUACUUGGGCUCUCAAUGAGAAGAUGCAGUGCAGGUCGUUCAACUCUUCUGAGCUGCUGGACUGCUUUCGGAAGAGAAUGAGAGAAGAAAUUCUUGAUUACAAGCGCCUGCACUGGGAUGACUAUCAGGAAUUCGUUCCGGUUGUCGACGGCCCUGGUGGGGUGAUACCGGAUCCACCUGAAGAUCUAGCGAAACAUAGGAAGAAAAUCCCAAUGAUGAUAGGAACAACUCGCGACGAAAGUUCACUUCGCAUAUUGAUCUUAAACGAGAAGAAUGUGAACUUCAGCGCGUUGAAUACGCCUUUGGCUGAGAAACUAGCGGAUAACCUGACAAUGGGUUACAAACAGUUUCAAAAUCAUCGUUUGAUUGCUGAAGGGUGUAAAGCUCAGUAUGUUUGGACAAAGGUUGACCCAUCAAUGUCCAUUAAUAUCUUGUUUGACUCAGUGCUUAAGAUGUAUUCCCACUUCUGGUACGACGCACCCGCUUCACGCUUAGCAACGUACUAUGCUAAGCAGAAGGUGCCCGUAUUUCUCUACUCAUUUGACCAUAUCAGCGAAAACUUUCAAGAUUAUGACCGCGCAUUUCAUGGAGCCGACAAACUACAUUUAUUCAACAUUACUCCUCGUUUUCUGAGUAGAAGAAAAGAUAGAAAUUGGCAGUUGGAUCAGAGAGUUGUAGAGAUAUUUGCCGAUUUGAUAGUGAACUUUGCACGCCAUGGGUACCCAACUCCUGAAAAUUCUGGAUUUUCAUUCAACUGGACUGCAACCAACGCAAUGGAGUUGAAUUACUUGUCAAUCACUGAUAGCCCGACCAUGGAAGUUGGAUAUCGAUGGCAAGGUCAUGUAUUCUGGAACUGGUAUGCAAGAUCACUGGAUGCCGUUGAUGUAGGAAAUUUGCAACGAAUAGCUCAACUUGAUAGGGAUGUAGGAAACUGGCAGUUCGCAACAGCCAUGCUAGCAUUCUGCUCACUGUUCUUCUUCGCAAUCCUGGUUGGUUUGGCCUGCUACUGUACCAGGAAGGAUUCCGACGACGAUGACUUAUGA